AUGCAUGGAUUAGGUUUAACUUGUUUUCCAAAUAUUAUUUCAUCUAUUGAAAAUUUUCAACAAUUUAAAACAUUUUGUGAUAUGGGUGGUGGUACUGGAUGUUUAGCUGUUGCUGCUUGUAAAGCAAAUUUAAAUUUACAAGCAAUUAUUUUUGAUCUUCCUCGUAUAGAAAAACAUACCAUUCGAUAUAUUAAUGAAACAUCGUCAGAUAUUCGUAAUCGUAUUCGUUUUCAAAGUGGUGAUUUUUUUCUUGAUACUUUUCCUCAAGUUGAUCUUUUUGGUCUUGGACUUAUUUUACAUGAUCAAUGUUUUAUUAUAGAGAUAUAG